AGGCAGGCCGCCGCAGGAACAGCAGCGAGCAAACAGCGCGCGGUCGCUGCGUCUUGCCGUGUUCGACGGCGCAUCCGCAGCCUGUGUGUGUGCCGUGCGUGCGUGUGUGUUUCGUGUUGCGUGCGGCCUCUCCGUAGACAGCCAGCUCGGCGCGAGCAAGGUCGGCCCCCCUGCGUGCUGCACACCGAAUCAACAUCGGCCAUGGGAGACGACGGAGGCGGCGGCGCCGACGAGCAGCUGUCCGAGCAGUUCACCUCAGGAUUCCGACUGCGAGCGCGCAAGGGCGCUCUCAAAAAGAAGAACGUCUUCGAAGUGAAGGACCACAAGUUCAUACCGCGCUUCUUCAAGCAGCCAACGUUCUGCUCGCAUUGCAAGGAUUUCAUCUGGGGCUUUGGGAAGCAGGGAUACCAGUGCCAAAUAUGCAGCUUUGUCGUGCACAAGCGAUGCCACGAAUUCGUCACGUUCAAGUGUCCAGGCAAGGACAAGGGCGUCGACUCGGACGAUGCACGAACAAAGCACCAGUUCGUGCUGCAGACGUACACAAGUCCAACCUUCUGCGACCACUGUGGCUCGCUCUUGUAUGGUCUCAUCCAUCAGGGCUACAAAUGCAAAGCGUGCGACAUGAAUGUACACAAACGGUGCCAAGAGAGUGUGCCGAACCUGUGUGGCUGUGACCACACCGAACGGCGUGGGCGCAUUCACCUCAAGGUUUCGGCAACCCCUACGCGGCUUACCUGUGAAGUACGGCAGGCACGCAACCUGAUUCCAAUGGACCCCAACGGCCUGUCCGAUCCUUACGUGAAGCUCAAACUGAUCCCCGACAUGGGCGAUUCGGCCAAGCGGAAGACCAAGACCAUCAAGGCCUGCCUCAACCCCGAGUGGAACGAGACACUGACCUUCGACCUGAAACCCAUCGACAAAGACCGGCGACUACUGAUCGAGCUUUGGGACUGGGACCGAACGUCUCGCAACGACUUCAUGGGCUCUCUAUCAUUUGGCAUCUCGGAGAUUCUCAAGUCACCCGCCGAAGGCUGGUUCAAGCUGUUGACGGCCGAGGAAGGCGAGUUCUACAACGUACCCGUGCCCCCCGAGAACCCGGCGCUUGCACCGGGGACAACGCACCAUACGACGAGGCCGCGGCUCACACCACAAGCAUCGUCGGACCUCAUACCACACAACAUGGGCAAGCAGGAUGUGAUCCGAGCAUCCGAUUUCAACUUCCUUCUCGUCCUGGGCAAAGGCAGCUUUGGCAAAGUACUACUAGCUGAGCGGCGUGGCACUGACGAACUGUACGCUGUGAAGGUCCUCAAAAAAGACGUCAUCAUCCAGGAUGACGACGUCGAGUGUGCCAUGGUGGAAAAGCGGGUGUUGGCGCUGGCGUCCAAGCCCCCUUUCCUAGUGCAGCUGCACUCGUGCUUCCAGACAAUGGAGCGCCUCUACUUCGUCAUGGAGUACGUCAACGGUGGCGACCUCAUGUUCCAGAUCCAGCAGUGCGGAAAGUUCAAGGAGCCCGUGGCUGUCUUCUAUGCGGCCGAAAUCGCUGUUGGUCUAUUCUUCCUUCAUGCACGCUCCAUCGUGUACCGUGACUUGAAGCUGGACAAUGUCCUGCUGGACCAGGAUGGACACAUUAAGAUUGCUGACUUCGGCAUGUGCAAAGAAGGCAUUCAGGGGGACAAGACCACAAAGACAUUUUGUGGCACACCUGACUACAUCGCCCCCGAGAUCAUCCUCUACCAGCCGUAUGGGAAAUCUGUCGACUGGUGGGCUUACGGGGUACUCCUAUAUGAGAUGCUGGUGGGACAGCCACCCUUCGAUGGCGAGGACGAGGAGGAACUGUUCGCCUCCAUCACGGACCACAAUGUGUCCUACCCAAAGGCUCUUUCCAAAGAAGCCAAAGAAGCCUGCAAAGGGUUUUUGACAAAGAACCCGGCGCGGCGCCUGGGCUGUGGCUUGUCCGGCGAGGAAGAUGUGCGGACACACCCUUUCUUCCGGCGCAUUGAUUGGGACAAGAUUGAGAACCGUGAGGUGCAGCCACCAUUCAAGCCCCGCAUUAAGAACCCCCGGUCUGGCGAGAACUUUGACCCGGCAUUCACUCAGGCCAAGUUGACCUUGAGCCCUGGUGACGCACUCGUCAUGCGUAGCCUCACUGGAAACGAGUUUCAAGGCUUCACUUUCGUCAACAACCAAUUCUGCGGUGUCUGCAGCUUUUAACCAUGUUCAUCCCAUUGCACGUGUGCCACCUGCGCCCUCUGGGUUUUUCCUUCUUUUUCUUCAUUAUUUAAACCUGCACUGCUGGCUGACGGCAGCACCCGCCGCUCUUGCUGCAGAUUUUUUUCUUUGCUGUUUUUGUUUUUCUUUUUGUUACUGGUGUCACUGUGGCCUGCACUGGCAUGCACCAUCGCUGCCAAACUAAAACCUGGCUGGAAAUUUUGCACCUCAUUAACCAGCGCAGGUAACGUAACAUGCCAGUAUUUCGUGCAGUGUUUUGACUUGCAUCAUAUUCUACGAAACACUAAACUUCACAGCAAAAGCAAAUUAAGGGUGUAGGCUAGGUUAGCAGAUGUUGCUGGCUGCUCUCAAGAAAACAUGUACACUUUGUGGAAGCCCCAUUGUGAUCUUCCGUCGAACUCCUGGUGGAAAACGGGAAAUGAGAGGACCAAUCCAAGUGAGGAUAUAAUUACUCUUCAAACAUAAAAAUUGUGCGCUAUUUAAAAAUUUCUUAGGUAUUUUAAUUUUCCUCCUAGAUACACAUCGAUUUUUUUUUGCCACUUUAGAGCGAUUGCAUGGUGCAAUUUACUUUUGGUACGUAACAUGUUUGCGUUGUCCGUUGAGUGCAAGGCGCUUGAGUUUCAAGUGUUCGCGGGUGCUCCCGUCUUCAACAUUGUACCAUGAUAGGCAUCUGACAUAAUGUGGAUAGCAGGCGGAUUGAUCUGUGAACGUCUAGCAGCAAACUGCUGAUGUGGGCCUCAGUUGCCUCCUGUUUGAAAUGAUACUGAACCUUUCUGAACUGAGCACAAUCACUGUAAGAACCAGUGAAAUGUACCAUAAUAUAACUAAUGUAAAGUUUAUGCUCUAGCAACAGUGCCGUUGUGGGAUCUCCAUAAUCAGCUGGACCACAAAUCCCAGUUGUUCACAGUAUACUCUUUUUAUUGGCAAAAGCGAAAAAAUGAUUUGAUGUAGCCAUUAUGAUUGAGUUUAAAGAGAUUAACCUCUAUGUCUAUCUACAGAUGUAUUGAGAAUAGUGCCAGAGGAUUGCUUGAACUGCGUCACGAAACAGCGUUCGCUCCCUGUAGAGUGUAACUUGUCUUCUAAUCGGUACUAAUCAUCCACGUUCUUGCGUUUUCUGUCGUACUGUUCAGAACGGUUUACACGAGAACAAAACUAUUUGUGGCACGUAAGUGCUGCUUCUGCUGUGUCAAAAAAUGCGGAUGUAUAAGAAAUGAUCAUCAGCUAAAAGCCAGCAGGCCUACGUAAAGGUUAGGCGGCCGCAAAAAACACUUUCGAAUUCUCAAACUAGCUCUCCGAAACCUAACAUAAUUAUGCAACUCACAGCGGAUACAGACUAUGUUUGUCAUUUAAAAUGAGUUAUGCAUUGCAUUCCGUUGAGGGACCAAACAUUCAAUUUCAGCAGUGUGCGAAAGUUUUUUUAGAAGAUGACCACCCAAAACAUGGCCAUAACAUUUGUUUAAAAAAUGCCAUGUCGCAGUUAUCUAUCUGCUGCCGCUGUGUUAAGUGCGUGGAAUUCAGCAUGGGGAAGGGCAGGCUUUUCAUUAAAUCUUCCUGAAAUGGCUAAAUCUUAACCACCAUUCGUUUUUCUGAAUAUUAACUGAUUUGUUCUAGAGUUCUAGAUGGCUGUGUUGUCACAGCUGAGAUGAAAAGCGUUCUUAAGUGUGGUCAAAAAGUCAUUGUGAAUUUCCUAAAUACUGUACCGAUCGAAGCUUUUUGACCUGUUAAAUGUAGGUCAAACACUUGAUUUCUGCCUUUAAAUUAAGAAAAAAAUGCGAGGACUGGGAACUACAGAGAACACUUACUGGCUGCAUUUAUAUGUCAAUGUGGCGCUGAGAAUAUAUAGUUGUAAUAUUCCAUAAAAAUUUCUCACUUGCGCUUUGUUUCAGUGGAAGGCAACCCGAAUGAAUUGUCCUUGCGGUCUUCGAUCGAACUGUGAAAAAAUAUUUACGCUCAGCCUAAAGCAAUGCUGCCAUGUUCUCUUAGCGUGCACGUAUUUUGUGAAGGUACGAUACGAUACAUCGAUAUAUCAGCGAUGAUAUUCCAGAAAGUCGCAACAAUUCUAGAGCCAGCUUCAAGUUCGUUUGCCAGUUAGUAAGGAACUGCGUCUUGAAGGCUUAACUCGGAAGGCGAUCACGUGAUAGCGAGAAAUCUCACGUCAUGACACUCAUUCCCUGCUCCUGCGUGUCCAACUUCUGCAUCUGUAUCUCACGACACAUUUGACAAAAAAGUAUUGGAUUUAAACCAAACAUUAUCCUAUAAAAGCUGUAUAAUCAGGUUGAGGUGCUCUAAGCCUCAUGCACUUUUUUUUUGUAUUUUGCAUGUCAUGCAUUGCCUCUACCCACUUAUACGAACCUUGAUAAUAUAGACGACCAUUAGCACUUAUUGGGCGAAUGACGACACAUUGUUACUAUAUAGAUAGCAUGCAGGUUCCUAUCGUGUGCUUCCGUGAGCAUUCUAGUUGCCCACGGUUUGGCUGGCACAAGUGGUGCAGCUGAAGUACAGCCAAGUGAUAACAUGACCCAGGUAUUCCUGAAACAUUGCUUCAUUGCCUUGAGAUAGCGUGCGGGUGGUGGCGUUUACGGGAAUCUCGACCUGUCAUUUUUUGUUCCCCACGCAAUACUCGCUGCCCACAAUUCUUCCUGGUGGGUUUCUUUCUCUGUAGAAACGCCUAAUGUUUCUUUAUUACAUAUCUAUGUACUAUUCAGAAUCAAGGGCACAAUUUUUUCUCUUAAAUACAUCGCACCUUUAGUGAAGAUAUUCAUUUGUUUUUUUCUAGUAUUUGUCUUUCAUUGCAUCCUAAGUGUACUUGCGUCAUCUGUGUCUACCAUUUUAUGUUGAAUGAUUCAAAUGGUGGCUUUAUCAUGCCAUCGGCAUAAACUCCGAUGCAAAAGAGAAAUGAAACAGAUCAGGAUAAUAAUUUCAUGCGAUUACGCAUCAGUGAAACGAGGAAACGCUCUGCAGCCAUGUUCUGUGCAUGGAACAACCAGGUGUUACAAAUCUAAGUAAACCCAGUGGUGCAUCAGUACGAUGUAAGGUCGUAACCGUUCUUGUUUGAAGUCGUGCCGAUCGUGCUGAUUGUUUAAGAACCGCUCAUGGGUACAAUUUGUUUGGUUUUUUUAUGUUGGCGUUAAUAUAGAGUAAAUGCCGCCAAUUGGUGUAAUGGUGAAUCUUACCUCGGAAAUUUCGUAUUGAAUGCUGCCAUUCAAGGACAUAGAUCUAAAUGUGCUAUUCCAUUAUAAAAUGGCUCGGGGGAUUCAGGCUAAAACGUUCCCACAUAGGCAUACUGUUUAGUAUUAAACGUUCUCCUGGUCCCAGGUAAUUGUACGGUGUUCUGGCACUUUUAGCUUCAUUGUCUAUAUUUUGAACUGCGGUUUUUUGUCCAAACGUUCGUGUAAGAACAGUUUAUAUACAUUAAAUAUAAUUUCCUAAGUUCUUGAACUUUUUCACUACACUGUGGCACUAGAACAUAAACUUUUUUACAUAUCCGGGGUUAUAGCCAAGUGUUUAAAGCGUCGUCUUUUAUUGGUCUGACCGUGUCACGGAAAAUUCAUUCUUCUGGUCUAUGGUGGAUGAUACGAGCACUAUCCCCACAUGCAGCUUGUAACAAAAGCAAAAAUACAGGUGUUACUUCUUUGCGAACGUUUUUGUCUUAACGAGCAUUGUCAGGAAAGGCAACUUACGCACGUCUUUAGGAGCUAAGCGUCAUUCAGUACUGCUGUAAACUAGACAGAAGAUGCCGACUAGUGUUGCUUAACUUUCGACGUUGUCGCUGCUCAAGUAGGCUGUUAUGCCACACAUUUGUAUUCUGUUAUGAGCAUCAAUGGAAGCAUAACAAGUGCGCAGUGUCACUUCAUUGUGUUGCUCUCCAGAGCUUGCCGAGAUUGCUGAUUACCUUGUAUUUAUGUGAUUGUUUUGAAAGUUGAAAUAUAUACACUUUUGUUGAGUUCAAGUA